CAUCGAUCUGAAGUCUCUCUGAAGAUUCUGAACAAAGAAAAAGAGAAAAGGAGGCCACCUUUACUUUCCUAUUCUCUCUGUUUGUUUGUCGAGAAACCGUUUCGAAUCGUAACGAGAAAAUCAGAGCUUCCUCAAACCCUAACUUGUGAAUUCGUUGAGGAGGAGCGAGCUCGGUUCGAUGAUCACGGAUCGUUGAAGAUCGCGCGCUAUGAUGAGUCUCUCUUCAGAGCCAAGAACGACAGCGACGAAGGAGAAAAAAAGCAGCAGCGAAUUGGUGAGUGUGAAAUUGAUCGAAUGGGAGGAUUACGAGCAGGAAGUCGCGCGAUUGUGGAGCCUUUCCUCUGCUCUUAAGGAAGCUAGAGAGAAGAAGGAAGGUCUGGAGGGGAAGCUUCAUUCGCUCAAUCAGGUUGAAGCUGAGUCAUUAAGUCGAUUGAAUGUGCUUGAAGAGAUAAGGGAGAGGGUUGGCGCUAGGAAAAAGAUGAUGGAGAGCUUGUCAGACCGCUUGCAGGGUGCAGCAGAGAAAGCUAAGAAGGAAGAACAAAGACUUGGUGCAGAAGUUAGAUCGCUUUUGGUAGCAGGAACUGCUCUUUCUGUGGCUAACAAGCAACUGGAGGAAUCAAAUAGGUUACUUGCUGGAGAAAGUGGAUUUCUUCGUCACAGAAACUUGCAGAAGAUGCUUAGGUUGAGGCAACAGUUUAUGAUAUCACAGGUGUCAUUGCUUUAUUCUGUAAAGAUGUCACCUGGACGUUCGCAGGAUCAAGAACUUGAAUCACUGCCUAGCACUAGUAAAUCAGGGAGCUAUGCUGGAUCUAAACUUGUAAACCCAGGAUCCUUGACCAUUUUAGGUCUGCAUUUGACUAUGCUUCCUUUCACAAAGAUGAGCUUUUUCUCCAAUAAGAAGGAGGUCCAGAGGUCUGCAACAGCCCUAGGAUAUGUUGCUCAUGUGUGUUCUAUCUCUCUGCUCAACUUACUGCUACGCCAAUUUGUCCUUUAUGUCUUCGACAUUUACUUUUAUCUAUAGUUGAUAUUAAUCUUAACCGAAUCAUAUUAAAAUUGAUACAUGAAAUAUAGCCCGUAAACAUUUUUCUAGAAGUUACUUCUGCUGUGUUAUGGUCUAAUGAAGGAAUUACUUUGGCUGGGCAUGUUUCUGCAGACCACAAACUACUUUUGGAAAGCCAUGUUCUUAGUUAUUUCUUCUGGAAAAAAUCACGUACUUUUUGUUGAUUAGGCCGUUAUCCAGAAGGUUUCUUUAUUGCUUUGGGUUUUUAUGCAGGCUGUGUCACUUAUAUCCUCAUACUUAAAAGUUCCCAUCCGUUACCCUGUGCGCUUGGGUGGUUCUCAUUCUUAUAUCAUUGAUCCUUCACCUUCAAUAGAGCCCGUAUCAUCAUCAAUGGGGUCGUCAAGUACAACAUCUCAAUCCAACGUGAAGCCUGUUGAAUUCCCCCUUUUUCUAGAUGGUCAAGAUACAACACGAGCAGCUUAUGCUGUAUUCCUAUUGAACAAGGAUUUGGAGCAGCUCUUGAAUUACAUUGGUGUCAAAAGUUUAGGGCCACGCCAUGUAUUGGCUAAUUUGAAGGAGCUUGUGAGGACAGUGCAAUCUGCGGAGUUUUUAGAAUCGUGAUUCACAGGAACCUUGCGUAAAAAGUUUGCAAUUCGUCUCUGUAAAGUGGACUUGUAUUCUUACACAGGUGCAAUGUUUUGGUUUUCCAGUUUCUAAUUGGAGCACCUACCUCCAUAGCCCAUAGGAAUUUCAACUUCAAUGUCUUUUACUCUUUUGGUUCCUUAGGUAGGAGCCCGUUUUUGACUCGUUAAUAGGAAAUGAAAGUGUGGGAUGUUUGAUUUGUCUUCUUCAGUUCACUGUUUGAUCUAUCGUUAACUUUACCAACGAACUUAUAGUCUAAUGCUUUGUGUAUCUUUUAGCUAUUUUGCGAAUGCUGCUUAAAAAUACUUGUUACUUUUGUGUAUCUAUUUCAGAAUAUUCAUGGC